AACAAAACUCAGACCAUAAAGUAGCAUUAGAAUAUUUUAUUAAAUCCUAUUCAAAUAUGAACAUUCAAAAUCCAUAUAAUUUCGAAAGGGCUUUAGCUUAUUUUAAUAGUACUACUAAUAAUAAUUAUAGUAAUAAUAAUAUUAAUAUGAAUAAUAUUAUGAAUGUAAAUAAUAACACCAGUGUAAAUAAUAAUAAAAUAAAUAAUAGUAGCAAGGAUUAUAAUAGAGUUAGUCCACCCACAACUUCUACAACAACAACUACUACUACAUCAAAUUCAACAGAACUAAAACCAGAGAAAAAUAUUAAAUAUCUACCAAGUAAAUUGAGCAAAGAAGAAAAAGAAGACUAUGCCUCCGAACUCCAUGAAAAGCUAACAAUUGAAUAUGACUUUUUAUCAGUCGCCGAAAAAUUAAAUAAUCCAAUUAGUUUCAAAAUAAUUCCAGAGUAUAUAAAGUUUAUUGUACUUAAGGCCAUCGAAGGUGAUGAAGGUGAUUUAAAACUCUCUGGAUCUCCAUUAGUUUGCAAAAUGUGGUCCAUUCAUAUCGGUAUGGCUGAUAAAUACCAAGCAAUGUUGGAUAUGAUUGGUGUUAGAGCCUUAGCUUAUAAACCUCAAUUACUCAAAAGAAACAAAUACGAAAAGACAUUGGAAUUAAUUCAAAAGUAUUUUGGCAGAAAGAAAAAUCACGAAAUAUGGCCAGCCAGCUAUUUAACCAACACAAAAUAAACAAAAUCAACUUGAACAAUCAUUUAAAAAAAAAAAUAGUAGAAAAAAAUAAAUG